UUACCCACGUGAAGAAGUCGAUGUAAACAUUGGGUGAAGGAAAAACCUUUAAAGAAGUAUUUUACUAUAUUUUUACCGUAAUACCAUCACUUUUUAAACAGCAUCAUGAGAGAAUUAUCAGAGGAUAUAGAGGUUGGUGAAGACCAGGGAUCAGAUGGGGAGCCGAGUUCAGAAGACGGUUUCUCAGAAGGGGAUGACAUAGAGGAUGAGAGUGAUGGCAUGGAAGAUGAUGAUGGUGCUGAAGAUGAUGAUGAGGAUGAUGACGAAGAAGAUGAUGAUGAAGGGGAAGAAGAUGAUGGCAUGGACGAAACUGAAGAUGGCGAGAAUGAAGGCGGCAAAAGAAAAAUGUUAGAGCAGGGAGGGGGAGUAGCAAAGUCGGCGAAAAAGAAUAAAGACGGUGGUAGUCUAUACAAGCCUCCAACUGUAGAUGAACUAAACACCCUUCGUGAAACUCAGAUGCUCUACCAUUCCAAUCUAUUUCGAAUGCAGAUGGAGGAAGUCCUUCGGGAAGUCAGCAUUAAAGCUAAGCACAGCCAGCAGCUCGAGAAGUGGAUGAACCAGUUUUCAGCUUUCGUCAAGUCCCUACCAGCGUCAUCUAGUUAUCAACUGGAUAAUACAGAGUGGAUGGAAACAAAAAAUAUUUGCAACCCAAUGCCAGACGAUGUGCCAAAAGUUAGUGGCACCUUUCUCUUCAUGGCACCAAGAAGCAUGCAGUUUAUAGGUUCCUUCCUCUCCAACACAACAACAUCACAGAACAGAACAGUCGAUAUCAUGCUAGUCUUGCCAAAGGAUUGUGUGCAUGCUAACGACUGGCAAAAUGGCAGAUGGUUAGUAAAGCGUGCCAAAUAUCUGUCAUGGUUGGCGGCAGAACUCAGAGAAAAUACAGAAUUAGUCUCUGACUUAUCAUGGACAACUCAUCUAGGGUGUGAGAGCAGGCCAGUUUUGCAGGUGGCACCUUCAGGAGGACUCGGCAAAAAGUGGAAAGUGAACUUGUUCCCAGUGCCACCACCAGAAAUGUUCAGAAUGGGAAGAUUUGCUCCAACAAGAGGCAACUUACACCCAAAAAUAUAUAUGGAAAACUAUAAGAAGAACAAGACAUAUGCUGAAGUACCCCUAUCUCCAUAUUAUAACUGGGCUUGUGGCAUUGAUAUCAAGAUGGAAGAACAUGCACAAUUGGUGCAAGAAUCUGUAAGCCAAAAUCUUAACAUAACCCAAGGUAUUAAACUGGUCAAGAUUUGGUUAGCACAAGAAACUGACAAGGGCACUGGGUGCAUGUCUGGCCAUAUGGUAUCCCUCUUAGCGAUCCACCUCCUCCGCAAACGAAAAAUAAACACCCAGAUGUCAGCCUACCAGGUGUAUCGCAGUAUAGUAUUAGCAAUAAGUAAUUCUGACUGGACCAAAGAGGGGUUUAGCAUGGGGCUCACUUCCUCACAGGAUGCAGUGCCUCUGGAAAACUAUCACAAAAUAUAUGAAGUUGUGUUUGUCGAUCCGUCAGGCUUGUUAAAUCUUGCCGCUGCCAUGUCAACCACAGACUUUUUAAGGAUAAAACAUGAAGCUGGGCUGGCAAUGAAGAUCUUGGAUUCCUCAGCAGCUGAGAGCUUUGAGUCACUCUUUAUCAGAAAGAUUGAGUUGCACCAAAUGUGUGAUCAGUUGGUCUCUGUACAGUUUGACAAGUCAGAUGUGAAGCGAAUAUUCAACUCGAUAAUGACAGAGACACAAGUGUGCAGAAUAGACAGGAUGGGUGACACGUGUAAUCCCGUCUGGUCAUCAGUUCUGAAGACUCUGAGAUUUGGCCUGGGUGACCGGGCCACUCUGCUCGUACCUCAGAGGAUAAUACCCCAAACUUGGCCCCUAGAUGGUUCACGGCCAGAUCCUGUGUGGAAGCUAGACUUUGGUCUUGUGCUUGACCCAAUUGCUGCAUCAGCUUUGUUGACAAAGGGCCCAUCUGCAGACUCACCUGAAGUCAAGGAAUUCCAAGCUUUCUGGGGCAAGAAGAGCACAUUGAGGAGAUUCCAGGAUGGCAGUUUCCAUGAGGCCAUUCUGUGGGCUGACCCCAACGUAACGACUGGUCAACGGCGCCUCAUUCCAGGGGAAGUUGUCAAGCAGGUACUCAGUCUUCAUUAUGGGAUUCCAAAGAAGAAAGUUCUCUAUGUAGCAGGCCAGAUGGAAAGUCUUUUGCACGUGCCUGAAAGUUCCGUGAAGGAAGAGUAUGGAACAGGGGAAGAAGCAACAACUUCAGCCAUCCAAGCCUUUGACCGCUUGGCACGUAAGUUGCGAUCACUUCACUUGCCUUUAAAGAUCACCACAGUCCACUCGACAUCAGAAGUAAGUCGACAUGCAAGAGUCUUUCCGCCUUUAGGGAAGAAUGCAAAGCAGCACUCUGAGAAAGUUGUCAUCAAAGAAGACCAUAUGGAAUUAUCUAAUGAAAAUGGAGUUUGCCCAUUAUUUAACUUUGCUAUAAAUGUCAUUGUGUUUCUGGAGAUGAGUGGGAAGUGGCCUGAUGAUGUUCUGGCCAUUCAAGCCAUUAAAGCUGAAUUCUACAAGAGCAUGUUUGACCUGCUUGCGAAGGAGAACAUCAAAGCAAUUGUCUUCCCUCGUUUCCUGCAGGUCCUCUGGGAAGGCUAUGUUUUUCGCAUCGAGGUUUGUUACCGCCGAGAGAUCUACCUGCAAAGGCUGGUAGAAACUCCCGAUGGAGACUGGAAGGAAAAGGACACAGAGGCUGCUAUCAAUCUAGAAAAGCAAAUGGAAAUGAUCCCCAAAAUUACAACCAGUCUUGCAAGCAUACAGUCGGAACACCCAAGCUUCAGUGGAGGGGUCCGCCUGGCGAAGCGUUGGAUGGCCUCUCAGCUGUUGUUGGACCACUGCCCGCACCUGGCUGUGGAGCUCCUGGUGGCACACCUGUACCUGAACCCAGAUCCUUACCUGGUGCCCCACACUCCACACGUGACUCUACUCAGAUUCCUGCACCUCUUAGCCCACACAGACUGGAAGACUACCCCCAUUUUCGUCAAUCUCAGUGAGGCUUUUACAGUCGAAGACCAGGCAGAGCUGAGCCACAGAUUUACAAGUCAACGAGAGUCACUCCCAUCCAUGUUCAUUUCAACCCCCCAUGAGCUGCGAACUGUGGCUGAUCCUGACAACCCAGAGGAUGUAAAUCACCGCUACAAGUUGGCCUCUGUUUGGACCAAGAGUGAACCCACGUUGCUCAUCAUCUAUCGCAUGAAACAGCUGGCAGGGGUAGCGCUGUCUCUUAUUAGUGAGAGCGUAUUCGAUUCUCAGAUGGAUUUCACAAGUCUCUUCAGACCAUCUCUGGAAGACUUUGAUGUCACCAUUAAACUUAACUGUCAAGAGCUCAGUCGCCGAAAGGAGGCAGUAGACUGGAAGGAUCGUGAUGAAAAGAAAGACAUUCCUUUGCAUCAAAUGACAGACACUAGGGGGAUUACACCUGUUGUAAUGUAUGAUGCUGCAUCCAUGUACUUGGAAGAACUGAAAGAAGCCUAUAGCCAUGUGGCCCUAUUCUUCUAUGAUGAACAUGGAGGUGAUGUCAUUGGGGUUGUUUGGAAUCCUAAAGCAUUAUCUGCACAGGAACUAAAGAUUGGCAGCCUCAUGGGUCAUAAGCUGGUUGGUGUGAAGGAAGUGAAACAGGUCGUGAAUGUAGAUGCAAUUAUUGAAGAUUUUCAGGUCAUUGGAACGGGGCUUGUUGAGAGUAUUAGCAUAAAGAACCAGUAAUAUCAGAUAUGUAGGUUAUCAUAUAUUUAUUAUUAGUCAAAAUAUUCAGUUACCAUUAUUAUUAUUAUUAUUAUUAUUAUUAUUAUUAUUAUUAUUAUUAUUGUUAUUAUAAUUAUUAUUAUUAUUAUUA